AUGUUUCCGGGCAACAUAUUGCCCUCGCUAUCGUAUACGCCUGAAAAUUGGGUCGACAAUAACUUGAAAAACUUGGACGACAACGGAACUAUUGACGUUACAAACAGAUCGCUGGGCCGCCUUUACAUUGGAUCCUGCGAGGUCAAAUAUAAACCAGAGGAUGUGGUCUUACAAAGCUUAACCAUUCUCUUCGAUGCUGUAGUCGCUCCUGCAAAACAGAUAUCCGUUUCAGUACAAAUGUUCGGCUUCCUAGUCAACAGCAGUGUCGCCAUGUACUCAGUCCAAGGUUGUAGUCCACGAUUAGACGCGUUCAGCAAUAUUUUCACGAGAAUUCGGGUGGACCACAAACAGUCAAUGGAGGAAAAACUAGGGCUUUCAAAGCAGAAUUUUAACUUGAACGACAACCAGAACGAUGUCAAUGAUGAAUGGCACCAAGUCGUCAGAAUAUUUUUCCUUGGCAUUCCCAUCCUCGAUCGCCGUGACAACUCCCGCCAAAGACAAUACAAGAUUGAAGUCGAUCGGGAGGUUUACACCACAAUCGACGUCUUAUCCGACUCUGCAGCAGAUAGCCCUCUAGGUUGUGGUACUAGAGUAUGGAAGGUGAAGGACUCGAGCGGAAGAACACGUAUCCUGAAGGAUGUUUGGCUGAAAUUGAAUGGCCAGGAGGGGCACAGAAUUCACCAAGCCAUUUUAGCAGAUACGAAGGCCCUCAACGUAGAGGAGAAUGACGAUUUUGACGACCAACUCAGCCAGCGUGUGCUCCGACCCAUGGCGUAUUGCAGAGUUCGAAUAGGCAACGAAGAAGAUUCCACUAAUACUGUCAUGGGAGGUGGCUACGAUUUGGAUAACACCAUAAUCAUGGUCGAACCCGUUACCUUCCAACAGCUGUUUUCUGUAGAGCCUAGAGGACGCAUGAUCAACAUUCUGCUUCACAAUCAGGCUCCGCUGUUGAAUUGCGCGACAACGAUCUACGACGAACGAAGUUUGGAUAACACCCCAGGCUUCCGUGCAGUAGUCGAUGUUAUCAAAGGCUGGAUGGGUGCAUCGUGA